CAGUCGACUCGGUUCCAUCUUGUCGGUAGAAGUAGUAGGAAUAGCAGCAGCAGUACUACCCAAUAUUCGCAUCAUCCUCGUCAACAUGGCGAAACCCAUUCCCGAUGCAAUCAAGGAGAUUCUGGGUGCGCUCACUCCGGCGCAGCAGGUGACGAUGCGCAGUUACAUCGCCUCCUUGCGAUCGGAAAUCAAAGAUCUCGAGGCCGAUCUUCUCGCCAAGAACGACGAAGACCCACACGCGCACUAUCACGGACACGAUAAGUGCACGGAGGAUCACGCGCAUUCGGACAAGGUACACGAUUCUCAUCACACCGACGAGGGACACGAGCACGAACGUGAACCCAAAAAACACAAGGAAGACGAUCAUCACCACCACGAUCACAAACCGCACGCUACGAAAGCACACGGGGAGGAACACCACGAGCACGAUCACAAACAUACGGCCGAGUGCACGCACGAUCACGCUCACCAGAAAGAGGAGGAAGCGAAACAUGAUGGACACCACGGACAUCACGAGCACCACGGACACCACGGACACGGCCACGACCACCACGAAAAGAAGGAUGACGUGCCGGAAUGGAAGAAGAAAGCGUUGGAAAAAGGGAACGAUCCCAACGCGGCACCGUUUGGUGGUAGCUGGAACGCUGAAUCGAACAUCAGCGCCAGUGACAACAUGGAAGAGUAAAAGCCCACGUGUUGGAGUAUACUGGUCAAUAUAACGGACACGGGAGGUGUCCAUAAGGAACUGUUUAUAUCAAAACCUAUUCAUGUCUAAGACCUAAAAAUUUA